UGCCAUGACGGAAGUAGCUGGACCAUCGAUAUUUAAGUGUCAACCGUUGUAACAUCAGUCAUCAGUCCGAUCGAAACUGUGUGCGAUCGAGAUGGUGCGAGGUACGAUGUUAUUUCUACCAUUCAUUGCAAUAUGUUCGUUCACAUUGCACACGACGUGUCACGCCCGAGAUCUAGCCAGUGCGGAAUCGCGCAUCAGCCGGCGUGAUGUACAAGGAAAGAACGAUGACCAUCAUGUAGAUCAUUUAGAGCCUACUGCGGUAUCGUCAUCGAUUACAGAGACAGGCGAAAUUGAUCUUGAGACGGCAGCGACCAAACAUAAGGAUCAUCAUCACGAGUCUGGUGGUGGUCACAAACAUGAAUCUCAUCAUCACGAAGAACACGGCGGAAAAGGCGAGAAAGGAUACAAGAGUCAUCAUCAUCAUGACAAAGGUGACAGUGGUAAGCAUGAUAAGGAACAUCACUCCGGUCAUCAUGAGGAACAUGGAGGCAAGAAGAAGGGUCACCAUGACGAGUACGAAAAGUACGGCGAGCAUCAUGAGGACGAGAAAGGUCACAAAGGUGGAAAAUUUGGUGAAAAGAAAGGCCACAAAAAGGGUCAUAAGACCAAAGGUUAUCACAAUAAAUUCCAUAAAGAUGAGUACCAUAAAGAACAUAAGUUUUACGAUGAUUAUCAUAAGGGUGGGCACCAUGAGAAACAUGGUGACUUCCAUGGUCAUCACGAGAAGAAGGAAGGUCAUCACAAGAAGGGCGGCCAUCAUCAUUCUGGUUAUCACGAAGAUCACCAUGGUAAGAAGGGCCAUCAUGAUAAAGGUCAUCACGACGAGGAACACAAGGGUCACCAUGGAAAGCACGGUCACGAGGAGCAUCAUUCCCAUCACGAUGAAUACGGCAAGAAAGGCGAUCACCAUUCUGGAAAGAAGUACGGCUAUAAGAAAGGACAUUAGGGUUGUACGUUCAAGAAUUACGUAUCAAAAAGCGAUUAUGCGUUCUACAGUUACGGCUUAUGUACCUGCUUCGGACACAGUCACGCGACGAUGUCACGUGGUUCUGUAUUUUGUACCAUUCUUUAUAUAAAGUAAACGUGCGAAUGCUAAUACGCGCAAAGAAA